AUGGAAAAUCCUGUUCAUCAUUUCCGGCAUCCACAUCCACUAAGCCUCAGAAAGUUCAACCAGCCAGGAAGAAAAUGUCAUAUGUGCCAGCGCCAACUUGAUUUAGAUGCUACUGUCUACGGCUGUGAGAGAUGUAGUUUCUUUUUGCACAGAGCUUGCGCAAAAUUUCAACAACAAAUUAUACACCCCUUUCAUCCUCAUCAUACUCUUGCUUAUCUCGACGAAUCGCCUUAUGACAAUGAAACCUACUGCAGUGUUUGCAGCGAAAAGAUUAAGCAUGCUAUCUACCACUGCGAAGAGACCAAUUGUCAGUUUGAUCUGGACCUUGGAUGUGCUGCCUUGACGCCUAGUAAGAAGUAUGCAGAUCGUGUAGCAGAGCUUCAAGGAAAUCAUCAGCAUGCCUUAAUUUUACGUGACAAGCCAAAUGAAUUUUAUGAUUUUUACUACUUUUGCAGCCGCUGCUAUGAGCUUAUUGUCGAUGAUAAACUUAUAUUUGCGUGCCUGGAGUGUAAGUGUCUGUUAGAUGAAUCUUGCGCUGCUCAGGGACGUGAAAUCAAGCACCCUUUUCAUCCUGAUCACCCUCUCAAACUUCAGCCCGUGAACUCUGUAUCUCCAGCCAAAUGCAGCGUCUGUGCUUCUACAGGUUUCUUAUUUGUUUUUCAGUGUUCUUUGUGUGACUUCGUUUUGGACCUUGACUGUUCUAAAUUGAAGCCAGCAACCAACAAAAUUGAUUCAGAUGAAGAAAUUAUUAAAAUUCAGUUUGUAAGCCAUCCACAUCCCUUCACAUCCCUUGAUUCAGUGUGA